UAGUGCAUAAAGCUCGGCGUGUCCGCCGACACCUUCACCACGAACUACCUCCUCAUCUUCUACAAGAGGCGCGGCCACCUCGCCGGCGCGCUCCGCGUGUUCGACGAAAUGCCGCACCGGAACCUCGUCUCCUGGACCGCCAUGGUGUCCGGCUCCGUGCGCAACGCCGCGCCUGACCUGGGCCUCCAGCUGUUUGUCUCCAUGCUCGGCAACGGCCUCUGCCCCAACGAGUUCGCUCUCGCAUGCGCGCUCGGUGCUUGUUGCCAGUCAGCGGUGGCCAAUGCCAGGCUCGGCCUUUCCGUUCACGGCCUCGCUGUCAAAGCUGGCCUGGAUGCCAAUCCUUAUGUGGGAAGCUCGUUGAUGCUAAUGUAUGCCAGGCAUGGGCGUACUGCUGCUGCGGAGCACGUGUUUGCAGGCAUUGUUUUCAGAGACCUGGCAUGCUGGAACGCGAUGUUGGAGGCUUAUAUCUCGAAUGGAUACGCAUGUGAUGCGAUGAGGACAGUGGUUCAGCUGCAUCGCUGUGGAAUAACGCCUGAUGUUUUCACCUAUAUUUCAGCUGUAAAGGCUUCUUCGAUCAACAGCGAGUUAAAUUUUGGGCGGCAGCUACAUGGUCUUGGCAUCCACAACAGGUUCGAAUCCAGUACUUCAGUGAUGAACGCGCUUGUUGAUAUGUACUUCAGAACAGGACAGCAGGACAUGGCUGCCGCUAUCUUUGGUAAGAUUCGGCAAAAGGACACUGUCUCCUGGAACACGGUAAUUUCCGGUCUUGCCAAUGAUGAGGAAGUGAAGGCAGCUACAGACUGCUUUGUCGACAUGUCACUAUAUGGUUGUAAACCUAACCAAGUUACAUUAUCUGUCAUGCUGAGGCUCUGUGGUGCUAAGGAGAACACCUCCCUCGGUCUUCAGAUCUUUGGACUUGCCUAUCGUCAUGGCUACUCUGAGAAACUACUUGUAGCGAAUGCGGUCAUCAACAUGCUGUCUAGAUGUGGUCUGCUCCACUCUGCUUAUGGCUUCUUCAGUAAUCUCAGUGUCAGAAAUAUUAUGACAUGGAACGAGAUGAUUGCAGGCUAUGGUCUGCACAGUAGUUCUGAAGAUGUAAUGAAGCUCUUCCGCAGCUUGCUCUGCUUUGGAUCAAAACCAGAUGAGUUCACCUAUCCAGCUGUUUUGUCUGCAUUCCAACAAGCUCACGACUCAAGAAACCAUGAGCAGAUCCACGCAUGUAUUCUGAAACAUGGGUUUGCUUCAUGUCAGUUCGUCUCGACUUCACUAAUCAAAGUAAAGGCAACCCUUGGUUCAGUUCAUGGUUCACUGAAAGUCAUCGAGGACACUGGCAAGAUGGAUUUGGUAUCAUGGGGAGUCACCAUCUCUGCAUUCUUGAAGCAUGGCCUGAACGAUGAGGCCCUUUACCUUUUCACUUUGUUCAGAGAUGAGUGCACACAGGAGCCUGAUGAGUUCAUCCUGGCUACCAUCCUGAACGCUUGUGCAAACGCAGCAUUGAUAGGGCAAUGCAGAUGCAUUCAUUCCCUCGUUGUCAGGGCAGGGUACAGCAAGCACUUCUGUGUGGCAAGCGCCUUGGUUGAUGCGUAUGCAAAGUGUGGCGAUGUUACUGCUGCUGAAAGUGUGUUCACUGAUGUUUCGUUGGUGACUAAUGACACCAUACUGUACAACACCAUGCUGACAGCUUAUGCCAACCAUGGUCUGAUCCAUCAGGUCCUCGGGCUGUACCGAGAGAUGAAAGAACUUCAACUGGCUCCAACACCAGCUACUCGCCGGCGCCGCGACAUUCCCCCGCCAUUGGUCGCCGUCAGCACCAUCCUCGGCAGCGGCGUCGCUCCGGCCUCCACCGCCAGCGACCGGCCGCCGCCGCUCGGUUAUGGUCUGCACUGUAGUCCUGAAGAUGUAAUGAAGCUCUUCCGCAGCUUGCUCUGCUUUGGAUCAAGACCAGAUGAGUUCACCUAUCCAGCUUGCGUCUCGACUUCACUAAUCAAAGUAAAGGCAGCCCUUGGUUCAGUUCAGGGUUCACUGAAAGUCAUAGAGGACGCUGGCAAGAUGGAUUUGGUAUCAUGGGGAGUCACCAUCUCUGCAUUCCUGAAGCAUGGCCUGAACAAUGAGGCCCUUUACCUUUUCAAUUUGUUCAGAGAUGAGUGCACACAGGAGCCUGAUGAGUUCAUCCUGGCUACCAUCCUGAACGCUUGUGCAAACGCAGCAUUGAUAGGGCAAUGCAGAUGCAUUCAUUCCCUCGUUGUCAGGGCAGGGUACAGCAAGCACUUCUGUGUGGCAAGCGCCUUGGUUGAUGCGUAUGCAAAGUGUGGCGAUGUUACUGCUCCUGAAAGUGUGUUCACUGAUGUUUCGUUGGUGACUAAUGACACCAUACUGUACAACACCAUGCUGACAGCUUAUGCCAACCAUGGUCUGAUCCAUCAGAGCAACUCCAGUGGACUGAUUAAAAAUGGGCCUCUAUAUUUCAUUUUGAGGGCCAGUUUUAAAAAUUUAGAGGGCCAAAUGAGAGGUGUGCUCCAGCCCAACUGA